AUGUCACUUUUUACACCCGUCUUUGCCGGCCUUGGCUCCGAUAUCCUCUUCUCAAAGCCCAGCCUCGACGCAUCGGCGCGCGAUGCGUUGCUAGCCGAGUCUCAGCUCCUUUUGCAGGCUUGCCAUGCUAUCUUCCACGCUGAAGUCUUCUACGCAAUGCGCUCCGGCAUUCUCUCACAUGAGAUUCACCUUGAGGACUUUGACACCCCUGCCAAACUGCUAUCCCCCAAAGAACACUACUAUGGAAAUGUGGUAAUUCAACACGUCGCCCUAUACCUAUCUCAGAUCCUAAGAUGCCUCGGUCAACUACCACAGCAUGGCGAAUUGCUUGAGGUUGCUGGCUUUUGCGCUGGCCUCCUCCCCGCUGCCGUCGUUUCUACGUCUCGCAAUCCAAUUGAGUUUCUGUCUCGAGCUCAGGACCUCUUCUAUGUCUCUGUCUGGCUCGGGAUCCGCAGCGAAAGUUAUCGAAGGUCUUACCUGGCCCUUAACGACUGUGAGCCAACCCUUCCUUGGAGCGUUGUUGUCGAUGGGAUCGAUGCCAAAGGUGCCCAAGAAAUAAUCGCCGCCUCGACACCGCAGGUAACCGCCAUGUCCAUUCAUCCGGUUCGUUACUGGCUUGUGCUGACCAUUUACAAGAUCGUCGACCAAACUGUUUUUGUGACUGCUUUCAACUCGCUCAAUUGCGUGACCUUAAGUGGGACUGGCGAACAACUGCAGAAAUUCCUUUCCGACGAACUCCCUUCCAAGUGCCGCACACGAACAACCAACGUCCGAGCGCUUUACCAUGUCCACAAUAGGCUUACUGCUCUCAAGGAAAACAUAUACGAAGAUCUGAAACAGCGAUGCUCGUCGAUGUUGACGUCUGUAGGUUUUGUUGCCCCAUUGCUCUCCACAAUCGAUGGACAGCCAAUGAACUACAUCGAGUCAGAGCCUCUAGGUACUAUCAUCAACGCCAUCUUGGAUAUGAUAAUGCUUCAUCCUGUAGACUGGGUCUCGGUUCAAACCUCAAUCUUCGCCGGUGUACAAAAGGCUUCUGCCUCCUCUGAAUUCGGGACGUCCAUUGAGAUUUUGAACAUGGGACCCGGUUACGGCAUGUCAACAUCGGCUUUCCAAUUACCAAGCAACGUAAAAAUACGGGAUGUGACUUCGCUCCCUAGGGCUCUCAAAUCAUACGGCGAAGCUUCUAGACUGGAGCCAGACGAUAUUGCCAUUGUGGGCAUGGCAGUCGACCUCCCGGACGCGUCCGAUGUAGACUCAUUAUGGGCAAAUUUGGUUGGCGGCGUGAAUUCAUGCUCAGAGAUACCGGAGUCAAGAUUCCACAUCAACGACUUUUACCACGCAAAGGAGUUGAAGGACGGUAACGCUAAUCGUACCCUAAACACUAGAUACGGUAACUUCCUUCACAACCCCUUUCAAUUCGAUAAUGGCCUCUUUGACAUAUCCCCACGUGAAGCUCGCUCAAUGGAUUUGCAGCAGCGUAUCAUGCUACAGACGGCGUUCAGGGCACUUGAAAAUUCAGGCUACGUGCCGGACUCGACACCUUCGAACGAUCGUGAUACGUUCGGUUGUUGGAUUGGCAAUGCCACGCUGGAUUACCCCGCUAAUAUGAAGAACGACAUUGAUGUUUACUACAGCCCAGGCACACUGCGGACCUUUCAGAGCGCACGCAUCUCGUAUGUCUUUGGGUGGAGUGGACCGUCCAUAACAUUGGACACGGCUUGCUCGUCUUCUAUAGUCGCUUUGCACCAAGCUGCCAGAUCGAUCAUUGCCGGAGACUGCCGCGCCGCGCUCGUUGGCGCCGUUAACAUAAUCACAAGUCCCGAUAUGUACCUUGGCCUUGAUCGUGCACACUUUUUGAGCCCAUCGGGUCAAUGCAAAGCGUUCGAUGCAUCUGCCGACGGGUAUUGUCGUGCUGAAGGGUGUGGCGCCUUCGUCAUCAAGAGGGUCAGCGAUGCGAUAUCAGACGGGGAUCGAAUCCACGCAAUCAUCAAAGCUGUGGAAAUCAACCAGAGUGGUAACACGCAUUCCAUUACGCAUCCUCACGUCCCUACACAGGAAGAGCUGUUCAAACACGUUUUCCGGAAAACGAGAAUUGACCCUCACAUGAUCACUGCGAUAGAGUUACAUGGCACUGGUACCCAGGCUGGAGACCCAGUGGAGCUGGAGAGUGUGCGGCGCGUUCUCUGUCAGGAAAGAUCACCGGAUAACCUCCUUCACUUGACAUCCAUCAAAGCCAAUAUUGGCCACUGCGAGGCUGCUUCUGGCGCUGCCGGACUGGCGAAACUGGUCCUUAUGAUGAAGCACAACCACAUCCCCCCUCAAAUUUCCCUCAAGGUGCUGAACCCACGCAUCCGAAAUCUUGGAGAUGAUGGCGCUGUCAUUAAUAGAGAGGGAGUACCAUGGCCACAAGUCGAUGGCCAGCCACGUAUGGCGAUGCUAAACAACUUUGGUGCCGGAGGAUCCAACGGAGCGGUCCUCUUGCAGGAGUACAUCCCAGCCAAGCAACCAGUGGAGUUAGGAAGUGAUAGCCCGCUCAGCUACGUCUUUGGAUGCUCUACUAAGAGCAUAGCUUCUCUAACAAAGCUUCGUGAUGGAUUUAUUUCAUAUAUUAUGAACAAGGGCAGGUUUGACUCGCUCCGAGACAUUUGUGCAACAAGCACAAGCCGGCGCCAGAUAUAUGAUAUGCGCAUUGCGGUGGUCGCAACCUCCCAUGAUGACUUGGUAGAAAAGCUCCAAACAGCGAUACCUCACAACAUAUCCGAGUCAGCGGUCAAGGAGCCGAAAGCCGUCUUUGCGUUUUCUGGCCAGGGGUCACAGUACAUGGGCAUGGGUGCUGAGCUCAUGGGAAUUUACCCAAGUUUCGCAAAAACAGUCCGGGAAUGUGAUGCCUAUCUUAAAGAACGCAACUACCCUGGGUGUGUCCAUAUCAUCAGCGCUGCCGACACUGGAAGCGAGCACCUCACGGAGAGUGAGAAGCUACAAGCGUUCCAAUCAGCGAUUUUUGUCUUAGAAGUUGCCCUUGCGGAACUAGUUAUGUCGUGGAACAUUGUUCCUAGUGCCGUCGUAGGACACAGUCUCGGAGAGUAUGCCGCCCUAGUUAUUGCUGGAGUUCUUGACACUUUCAGCGGGCUCGGUUUGGUCGCUCAUCGUGCGAAGUUAAUGAUGGAGCAAUGUCAGCUUCAAACUACCUCCAUGCUCGCUGUCAAUGCUAGCGCCGGCACUGUGGAAUAUUUGCUCCAAAGCUCGGAGGCCUUCUCUGGCCUCUCAAUCUCAUGCGACAAUGGCGCAAAUGAUUGCGUUGUCGGUGGCCUGACCCAGCAGCUUCAAAUCCUCAAGGAGUAUAUUCGUGAAAACCUCAAGGCUAAAAGCAAGCUGCUUGAUGUGCCCAUGGCCUACCACUCCAAGGCAAUGGACCCUAUUCUCUCCGAGCUUACCGAAUUUGCCUCCACUAUUGAUCUAGGCCGACCAAAUAUUCCGGUGGUCUCGAACGUUCUCGGACGUACCGUUCAAGCCGGCGAAAUUGUCUUCACGAAAGAGUACUUCGCCUUGCACUGUCGACAGACAGUGAACUUUCACAAAGGACUUCAACAAUUCUUCACUACCAACACCGGAUCAACGGCUAAGAGAUGGAUUGAGAUUGGCCCACACCCAUCAUUGCUGCCUAUGCUGGGUACGUGUCUCGACAAAACAUCGGUCGACCUUUUCCCUACUCUGCGGCAAGGCAAUUCACCUUCGAAUACCAUGGCACAACUUUUGUCUAAUUUAUAUACAACUUCUACCGGCAUCGAUUGGCGCAAACCCUUCAGUGGUAUGUCAAAGCCGCUUCUAGUUGACCUCCCUGGCAUUCCAUUCUCCAAACAAGAGUUCGGCAUCCACUAUCCAUCCGAAGCGGCAGCGAAAAAAAUUGACGCCGAGGCUGUCCGACCCGUCAUUAGAAGCGACAGUUUCAUCGCCCAGACGGUAAGCCAACCGACGUUGGAUGACAGGUCUGCGAUUUAUGAUACGCCGUUGUAUCUCUUGAAAGAUUUUAUCACUGGCCACUUGGUUGCAGAGCACGCCCUUUGUCCAGCUUCGGUAUAUCAUCAGAUUGCACUGUCGGCAGUGAGAGACCUCGAGCCUGAAUCCGCGGUAGCUCACAUCUGGAGUUUGUCUAAGGUGACCUACGUUGCACCAUUGUUGCAUCAUGAGGAGCCCGCCACAACGGUGAGAGCCAUCUUGAAGCCACUUGACGACUCUCGCGGAUUCUAUGAGUUUGAUAUCCUUUCUUACGACAACAAAUUUGGGCCAAAUCUAGGCACAUCGCACUGCAAGGGAAUCUUGAAGCGCAGGUCAAGUCCGGCGCUGCAGAAAAAGUACGCCCGUCUUGUGCCUAUGCUGGUUCGGAAGACGGAGCACAUGGUUUCAAACACGACACGAGGCUUACAGGAGAUGCUUAUGAAGAGAGCCAUGUACGAACUAGUCUUCACCCGUGUGGUAACCUAUUCUGAGCCAUACCAGCGAGUGAAGUCAAUUCGGAUCGAUGGAGCAAGUGGAGAUACCCACGCCAUCUGCCAGUAUCCCGAUUACCGAAUUGGUACGUCUGGUCUGCCUGCUGCGAACGCCAUUUUCAUGGACGUCUUGUUGCAUGUUGCAGGCUUCGCUGCCAACAUCAGGGUCGGCACCCAUAUUCUGUGCAUGUGUAAGGAGGUGGCAUCUGCCACUGUCCUUCGAAGUUCUCUUGCUCCCGGAGACAUAUUCGAGGUCCAUUGCACUCUCAACAACCUUGCCAGCCAAGGUUUGACGAUUGCAGAUGCCUAUGCCAUUGACUCCCAAGGAGUUUUAGCAGUGUUCAAAGGCAUGGCAUUCCAGCAGAUUGAGCUCUCGAAGAUUGGCAGGGCUCUCGCCAUCACCGCAAAAAAGCUUUCAGGCGGCUCGGCCCGUAAGGCUGAAGUCGCUGCCAGCGUGCCACUCUAUGCUCUCUCGGAUCAGGGCCCAAUCAAGAUUGCAAUGCCUGCUGCGUCUGGUCCGACAGUAAGGGCAAUGAUUGCCACGACUUGUGGAGUUCAACUAUCGAUAAUUUCCGAAGCUACAAGCCUCGAGAGUCUUGGAUACGAUUCCCUCAUGAUGAUCGAGCUGCAGUCUGAGAUUGCGACCCAAUUCCCCCAAGUCAGUACCUCAGAAUUGGAGGACUGCCGGAAGGUCGGAGACAUUGAGCGAGUCUGCGCUGUUCAAGUCCCUCUGUCUCCUCCAAUCACUCCGCCCCCGGGACUGCCGACUGGCUCAACGUCUAGCGUCCCCAACACACCCCCUAGUAUGAUGAUUAGGCCAGUCAACAAGAGCGAUGUUUCUACAAUCAUCGCAGACACUUGUGGGACUAGUCCAGACAACAUUUCGUCAAGCUCGGAUCUCCAUCAUCUCGGCAUCGACUCUCUCAUGAUCCUGGAACUUGAAGCUCGCCUCGAGGAAUUUUGCAAGGAUAGGAAGACCGCCUCUGCUGCAAACCUCUCAAAUUGUCGCACAGUUGGCGACGUUGAAAGAUUGCAUGGCGUGCAUAAUCAAGUCCAAGGGGUAAUGAAGUCUUCCUCGCAGAGCCACUCGCGCAAAGACUCUGAAAUAAACGAAGCUCUUCCUUUCCCGCGUCUGAUUGACCUAGAGCUAGAUGCCGCCAUGGUGCAGAAGGUGACACGUGCGCUCAAGCUUUCUGAACAGCCUGAAGUCAUCAAGAGCGGCCCGUCUGUCAGCCCCCACUCUCUCCCACUGUUUCUGAUUCACGAUGGUAGUGGUGUGUGUAUGCAGUACCACCGUUUGCAAUUCCUCGACCGCCAAACAUAUGCCCUGCACGAUCCCAAGUUCAUCGACACCGCAGAUGGUUGGUUCAGCCUCCGCCAGAUGGCUGAAAGCUACGCGCACACAAUCCGUCACACUACUAAAGGCCCUUGCCUUGUCGGCGGUUGGUCUUUUGGUGGCGUCGUCGCGUUCGAGGCGGCAAGGAUCCUGAUGGCGACGAACCACGCCGUGAAAGGCGUGGUCCUCAUCGACUCGCCACCACCAUUGGAUCAUCAGCCUCUCUCCGCUGAUAUCAUUGAAACCAUCACCGGUGGAGCAGAGAUCUCGUCUCAUGCAAUGGGAAAGACCAUCCGAGAGCUUACGCGUCGGAACUUUUUGUCAUGCGCUGCCCUUCUCGGCGUGUACAAGCCUAUGCACUGCUCUGAUUUUCCAGCACCGCCAGUAGUCUUGCUCCGCUCCGUUGAAGGCUGGCGGCGAGACGGAGAUACUAGUGACCCGCGAGGUGUUAUGAACCCGAAUUCCAUUGAGAAUGCAUGGCUGCAGGACAGAUCGGACGUGAGAACCGCUACGGUCGACUGGGAGGUCCUGACUGGUACCAAGGUGCGCUGCUUCGACAUCCCAGGUAACCACUUCCGGGCCUUCGAUUCGGAAAACAUCCGUGAGGUGUCGAAGCGCGUACUGGAGGCGUGUGCUCUGUUGGAAGGUCGAUUUGAGUCGUAA